AUGCUUGCAGCAGGCUACAUAACGAUCAAAUGCUUGACACCCCCAAAUCCAGCCCAAAAUCGCCACAACACCGACCGCGUCAGCCUAAUAGUAACGGUUAUCACUCCAUUAAUGCGCCUCGUGAUCGUGGGAUUCAUAUAUCACGCGCUCCUCACAAUCCUCCCCUCAUACGCGCCAGCCCACAUUCCCCAGCUCUGUCCAGGAUACCCAACCAUCAACGUCGCCCUCUUCACCUGGAACGCGACGACCGCGUCCUCGCUGGCCGCCAUCUUCGUCGGCGGAUACAUACGUCUCGCGGCCUAUAGUGGCCUAGGCCGGUCAUUUACCUUCCACCUCACUGCGCCGGAUCACCUCAUUACGGAUGGGAUUUAUCGCUGGAUUCAGCAUCCCAGCUACGUGGGGCUGGCGUUGCUUACGGCUGGUUGUGAGGGAUUGUUUCUGAGGUGGGAUGCGACACCGGCUUGUUGGGUGAGCGAGGAGGUCCUGGCGAGGUUGGAUGGGUGGGGUGUUUCCGUUAUUGUGGGUGCGUUGGUGUUGAAUAUUGCGAUUUGUGCUGCGAGGGUGAAGGAUGAGGAGGACAUGUUGAGGGGGCAGUUUGGGAAGGAAUGGGAAGAGUGGCAUCGUAAGACGAAGAGAUUUGUUCCGGGGAUUUUCUGA